AAGAAAAUAAAGCCCCAUUCAAAUCUCCCUCUCCCAACUCGCCUAAGUUCGGCGCAAGGCAUUACCAGUUACCACAGAGAGAGAGAGAGAGAGAUUUGUUGCUAGUUUAUGGUAUAUAACAGAGAUUGCAAGUCAAUGGUAGCAUAUUUCUGGGGAUCUCUAUUUAAAUGGCCUCAAAAGGCUCCGCCUUUAUGGAAAUAUUUUUCAGCUCUGCAGCACCACUUAAGCCCUCAGAUCCAUCGGUGGCGGUGGCCUUACGGCGACGUGCUCUCAUGCUUGAGAACAGAGGACAAACUUUGAUUGGUUGGAAGAUUCGGCAAUUACCUAUUCUUCUGGCGCUCUACGAGUUAGGGUUCUUGGGAUCGGGGCUUUCACGAGGCGUUCCGGGGAUUCCGGCAAUCCAGUUUUGUUAAGGGGUUCCUCUUCUUAGGGUUUGACUCUAUGUUCUAAAACCUAUUUCAAUCACAGCUGUUUAUAUUUCACGCUGUCCCGUAACUUAGCUGCAUGCCUCUUCCAUAUACAAUCUAUGUUUUAGAUUUUUAUUUUUUUUAAUAUUUAAAGCUGCUUCUAAUCUAAAAUCUUCGCAAGUUUUCCGAUUUUUAUUUUGGGGUGGGGGUCUAUCUAAUUUCGAGAUGCAUUUUUCAAAUUGAACCGAGAAAAAUUAGAAGGGAAAGGACGUCUUGCAAUAUUUUGAAUAAGAGGAAAAGAAGAGUUGGAUUUGGAUUGACGCCGGAGCACAGCACCCAAUACGUGAGAGAGCUGGUGCAGGAGAGAAGGAAAGAAGGAAGGGGGAGGCAUUCUAUAAGUCGCUUCGCCCCCCGAUCCUCGCCGCCGAAGCCGCCUUUUUAAUGGUGUCGGGGAUGGGCAGAUGUACGUGAAGCUGUGAAAGCAACGCCUCCUUCCUCGUUACUCUUUUACUCAGGGCUCAUCCCAUGUGACCCACCUCCGAUUGCUCUUCUCGUUUUUAAUGUGUGAUAUGGCUAUUCGCGUAGGCAUGUAACAUUUGGUACAGGAUCCAUCGCUCCUCAAACUCUCACACGCACGCCCUCUCCUUCAUGCUGCUCUCUUGGCCUUCUGAGCUCUUUCCGUAGCUAUUUCAGUCUUCGAGGCAAGAUUUCAUCUCGCUCGUUUACUUUUGAAAGCCGUCCUUGGUUCAUUCACCAGCUGUUUCCCUGUUUCCAAUCACUCGAGGCCGCAAGGGCUUUAUCCUAUGUUCGUAUUUCAUCUUCCUUUUUCCUUUUGAGGAGAAGUUUGUCCUAUGUUCCUUAUUAGUGAUCACUGAUAUAAAUAAAUUGUAAGAUGGGAAUAGCAAAGACUAUACAGUCACUUAUACGGAUUCGGAAUUUCUAAAUUUUUGAUCCUCUUUCUUAUCGUCAGCCAGAAGAUCAGGACAGAUCAGUUGGCCAAUUUCAUCUCUUCUCUACUUUUCCAUACACCCAAGUUUAACAAAUCAUUCAUUACAUAUAUUUGGUUAUCUUUUCAUUAAUGCCUUUCGGGUUCUGCAUUUUUCCCUUGGAAUUGUAUAUUUCUCCGCAGUUUAUGCUCGAAACUGCAAGUCUGGGUAAGUUUCAUUAUAUUCGUUUGGAUAGGAAUUAUAUAUAUAUAUAUAUAUAUAUAUAUAUAGUGACUUUCAUUUCAUGCAUCUCAAAGUUGGCAAUUGUUGGUGUGACUGAAUGUAAGCUUUUCUUCGGAUCUCCUUCUAUGCUAGAACUCCUCUGAUGGGUUUAUUUCGAGGUAUGGGAAGUGGGGACUACUUGGAAGGAAUGAUCAACGAUUAUGUUGCUGGAAAAGUUAAUAAGAUGAGGGCUCCUAAUUGCAGCACUUCUCGCCUGGUUUCCGCUCUCGCCUGUCUUCAAUUUGCCUUUGUACUAUAUGCUACCAUUCUUCUCUACUACAUGAGCCCUUCUCUGGAUCUACGCGCCAAACCGGACUUCUCGUGGGCCGGUCGCAUUGCUCAACACUGGAAACAAUUCAUCGUACAGCCUCGCAUGCUCUCGAGCGUGCAAGAAAACCCUAUCAUCGUCUCCCCCUCUGCGGUGUGCGAGCAUGAGCAAAUCGAUUUCUUGCAGAAGAAAUCAGAUGACGUGCUAACGCUGAGGCUCAAGAGGGAGCUUUACGAUGAAGUAUUGGAAUUUCAGAAAAAGAACUCGGGAGCUGAAACACUUGCUGAACUCAUGAGGAUGGAGUCCAAAUGGAGUCCACGUGGUCCGAACAUCCCGAAGAUUACCGUAAUUUUGAACCAUUUCAAGAGGAAAACUCUGUGUUCUCAGCUUGAUUCGCUGCUGAAUCAGACAUUGCCGUUCCAUCAUGCCUGGGUCCUUUCUUUUGGAAGUCCCAAUGAGCUCUCGCUCAGGAGAAUCGUCCAGAGCUACAACAACUCAAGGAUUAGCUUCAUCGGUUCGAGCUAUGAUUUCAAGUAUUAUGGAAGGUUUCAACUGGCCCUACAGACAGAAGCUGAUUUUGUUUAUAUUCUUGAUGAUGAUGUGAUCCCUGGGAAGAAGAUGCUAGAGAUCUUGGCUCACGUAGGGGGGACAGAGAAGUACAAGAAUUCUGUCUUGGGGAGUAUUGGAAGAAUCCUACCUUUCAGGCAGAAGGACUUCACAUUUCCGAGUUACCGAAAGUUCCAGUCGAAGGAGGCAGGGUUGUAUUUGCCUGAUCCUGCCUACGACAUCACUGUUGAAAGAAUUGUGCAGGUGGACUUCUUGUCAAGCUCGUGGUUCCUAUCUGCAGAUCUUGUUAAGACACUGUUUGUAGAGACCCCCUUUACCUUUACGACCGGUGAAGACCUGCACCUCAGCUAUCAGCUUCACAAGUACAGAAAUGCAGGCUCAUAUGUGUUGCCUGUCGAUCCAAAUGACAAGGAAACAAGGGGAGACAGCGAGCACAGGCUUGCGUAUGUCUCGGAGACCACGGUAAUUUUCAAGGAUAUCGUCCGGGUCCGAGAUGAUCAGUGGUGGCGGGCCCUCUCUUCCGGUUAUGUUACUCAGUGGGCAGCAAUGUACCCUCAGAAGAUCGAUGCUCUUUUCUAUGCUCAUUCUCCUGACGAAGUGAGAGCCCUUGCCCCUCUUCUCGAAAAAUUCCGUUCCACUGUAGGCAGGAAGGCCUAUAUUGCUGUCUCUGGUGGUAGCUUUUGUCCCUGCGAAGAAGCUGCGACUGUUCUCAAGUGGCCGAAGACUGUUUGCAAGGAAAGGCGGUUCAGGAUCUUUGAUUUGGCGAUUGGAGCAAUUUCAGGAGCAUCAAAAUCAGAGGUCCCAGUGCUGCAAGCGGUCUACUCCAGCAUGAAAGGACUGGUCAAAAUUCACAACCCCAAUCUGCUGAUCACCGUUGCUGAUGCCGAUAUAAAUAUCAAGAAUGCACUGAAGAUGGCAGCUGAAAGGAGUAUAAAUUGCACUGCGCUGGUUCUUCUGCCUCGGCCUGCAAUUCCCAAGGUCCUCUGGAUGGCAGAUUUGCAACCAACCGCAUUGAAAAAUUGGAACCGGAUGCGCAUCUCUGUGAACAUCAUCACUCAAAACCGUGCAUCUUCUCUCCAGAGGCUUCUUCGAUCUCUCCAGAAUGCCUACUAUGUUGGGGAUGAGGUCCCUCUGAGUCUCAACAUGGACGGCAAGGUUGAUGAGGCAACCCUCAAGGUCGUUGGAUCCUUCGAAUGGGCCCAGGGACCCAAAUUCUUACGGAGGCGUAUCGUCCGGGGUGGGCUGAUCCGAGCAGUGAGCGAGAGCUUCUACCCAUCCUCUGAUGACGACUUCGGACUCCUGCUCGAAGAUGACAUCGAGGUCUCUCCUUACUACUACCUUUGGAUCAAGUACGCACUCUUGGCCUACCACUAUGACCCCCAUGUCUCCCUGCCGGAGCUCUCUUCCAUCUCUCUGUACACUCCGCGCCUUAUCGAGGUGGUAAAAGAAAGGCCCCGGUGGAAUGCAACCGAGUUCUUCAAGAAGAUCCACCCCAACACGCCAUAUCUCCACCAGCUCCCUUGCAGCUGGGGGGCGGUGUUCUUCCCAAAGCACUGGAGGGAAUUCUACGCUUACAUGAGCGCAAGGUUCACCGAGGAUGCGAAGCGGAACCCGGUUCAGAUUCCAAAAUCGAGGACUAAUGGGUGGCAAGCUUCGUGGAAGAAGUUCCUGAUCGAUAUGAUGUACUUGAGAGGGUAUGUCAGCCUGUACCCGAACUUCCCAAACCAAGCAAGCUUCUCGACCAACCACAUGGAGCCCGGAGAGCACAUCAGGGCGAAGGAUAAUGCGGUGAAGCACGACAAGGCAGACUUUGAGGUGCCGUUGAUAGAGGAAGAUUUCACGAGGCUCUUGCCAGCGGGGAAGUUGCCUUCUGCUUCCAAGUUGCCGGUGCUCAACUUGUUCAACCAAGCGGUCUCCUUGAAGGGCCUCAAGGCAGCAGGCGCGAGGCUUCGGCAGGAUGUCAUCAGCUGCAACGAAGCGGAGCUUCUUGUUGUCGACCACCACACGGGUUUGCCCAGGAACUGCACCAAGUUUUGAGUCACGUAUUUGUUAAUCCAUUCUCUAUUGUAAAAAGCAAGCCACUUGAUCUAUUUGUUGGUGUAUAUAUAUAUAUAUAUAUAAUUCUUUGGCUUUGUUUCAGGAUGGGAAAUCUGAUCAGUGUAUUAAGAUGGCAAUGAAGAAAAAAAAUUGGUUGAACU